AUACGAUCAAAACACAGCGCGAUUUCCCAUACGCUCGUGACGGUUCAUAUGAACGGCGGACGUACUGGAAGUGCGAAGGAGAGACCAUAUGGACGUGACCUCUUCUUCCCAUAUGGCGGUAAACCAUUCACGCACAAAGGUCUUAAAAUACAAGUGCUAUAUCUGAGUAGUCCUAGGGAAUACGUGUCAAUAUUAAAACGAGAAAGGUUCUUUGAAGUGCCAGUUACAAUAAAAAUACAGGAUCUUAUUAGAGUGCUGACAAGUGUAUGGAUAUUGAAGAAAGCGAUUAUAGACUGCGUGGAUACAGUAAACUUACAAGAUCAUAAUUUAAUUGAUCUUAGGAAAGAACUA